AUGAGGCAGGCGGUGGAGGCUCAGGUGCUGAGUCCUCACUGUGAGCUCGGAGAACACGGCCUUCGUCAGAUCCUGACAGACGUCAUCGAGGAGGUGAGGCAAUCGGUGGGCCACGACAUCGACGGAGCCGAGGUCCUCCACAGUCUGCUCAACGCUCCCUGGCUGCAGUCGCUGCUCAAGGUGUACGAGUGUCUCCAGAGGUUCCUCAGAGACUCUCCAGCUCCGGCUCUGGACUACGCAUCAGGACUUUCUCUGCAGCUGCUGAUAGACAUCCGAUCGCUGUCAGGCUGCUCUGAAGACGCCAAAGAACUUUACCGCCUGCUGCGGCAGCCUCACCUGCAGGCUCUCCUGUCGGCCCACGACUCGGUGGCCCAGAAGGACUAUGAGCCGGUUCUGCCUCCGAUGCCCGACGAGCUGCCGGACGACGAGGAGGCGACUCGGAUCGUCUGUCUGGUGAAGAACAAGCAGCCUCUGGGAGCAACUAUAAAGAGAAACGAGAUCACAGGAGAGAUUUUUAUCGCCCGGGUGAUUCACGGCGGUCUGGCUGAUCGAAGCGGUUUGCUCCACGCAGGCGACCGGAUCAUGGAGGUGAACGGGUUCCCAGUGGACGGGAUGGAGCCUGAACAGGUCAUCCAGGUCCAAGCCCGGUCGCAGGGCACCAUCAUGUUCAAGGUGGUCCCCAUCACAGAGAGGCCGGUCCACAACCAGACCAUGCUGUACGUCCGAGCCAUGGCCGACUACAGCCCUCAGCAGGACCCGGCCAUCCCCUGCGCCGACGCCGGCAUGAGCUUCCGGAAAGGCGACGUCCUGGAGAUCGUGGACCAGACGGACGCCCUCUGGUGGCAGGCCAAGAAGCUGCCCAGCAACACCGCCUGCGCUGGCCUCAUCCCGUCCACCAACCUGCUCAAACGGAAGCAGAGGGAGUUCUGGUGGUCGCAGCCUUACCAGCCUCACGCCUGCAUCCAGACCCUGAGCACAGUGGAGGAAGAGGAAGACCUGAUGGCCAUCGAUGAGAAAUGUGUGGAAGCAGACGAGGAGGCGUUUGAAUCUGAGGAGCUCAGAGAAGAGGAGGAUGACUUCAGCAGCAACAUUGAAGGCGUUUAUUUAGCGGGCUUCAGGCGCAGCAUGCGUCUGUGCCGGCGGCGCUCCCACAGCACCACCCAGCCGUCCUGCCACACCCGCUGCCCCAGCAGCUGCUACAGCGCCCUCAACAGCCCCUAUGAGGAGGUGGUCCGCCACCAGCGCCACCCAGAGGACGCUCACCGCCUCGUCGCCCUGCUGGGUCCAUCUGGCGUCGGUGUGAAUGAACUUCGGAGGCGUUUGAUUGAGAUGAACCCCAACAUCUUCCAGGGAGCCACUCCUCACACGACCAGAGCGCCCCGAGGCUACGAGGAGUCGGGCAGAGAGUAUUUCUUCACCAGCAGAGAAGUCUUUGACAACAUGGUUUAUAACAACAGGUUUGUGGAGUACGGCGAGUACAAAGGGAGUCUGUACGGCACCAGCAUCGAGUCAGUCAGGGACGUUUUGGACUCCGGGAAGAUCUGCGUCAUCGACAUUGAGCCCAACGCUGUUCAGGCCGUGAGGACCCACGAACUGAGGGCCUACAUCGUCUACGUGAAGCCUCCGGCUCUGGAGCGGCUCCGAGAAACCAGACAGGACUCGUUCAUCACCACCAACUACUACGUCAACCGACCCUUCAAAGACGAAGACUUCCAGGAGAUGGAGGAAGCAGCCCGGAAGAUGGAGUCGCACUACUGGCAGUUCUUCGAUCACGUCAUCGUCAACGACGAGCUGCAGGACUCGUGCGUCCAGCUGCUGACGGCGGUGAGGAAGGCGCAGGACGAGCCUCAGUGGGUUCCCGCCAGCUGGAUUCGACCCACCGCCGAGUCGUAG